GCUAGCUUAGUUAGCGGUGCGCACUAAAAUAGAGUAUGGUCUGGGUGUCAUAUGGCCUGGAUAUCAUCUUCUCUUAAUGUGCACGUCCUUGCUACUUCAGCCUAGCAGCCAAACCUAUCUACAUGCAACGCUGAGCUUUCCUCAAUGGUUCGCUCCAACAGUUCGCGCCCGGACCGAUCAGAAGAAGAUAUAACGUGUUCCUACCACCGAUAACCAGAAGUAGAAAUGCCUCGCAUUGAGAAUGACAUCAAGUUGGACUUCAAGGAUGUGCUCCUCCGUCCGAAACGAAGCACACUCAAGUCCCGUAGUGAGGUGGACCUGAUGAGAAGUUACACCUUCAGGAACUCCAAGGGAAGCUACAGAGGGAUCCCCAUAGUUGCAGCCAACAUGGACACCGUCGGCACCUUCGAGAUGGCCCUGGCGUUAUCCAAGUUCACUCUCUUCACUGCCAUUCACAAACACUAUUCAGUAGAUGACUGGAAGGAGUUUGCAACAAAGAAUCAAGAAUGUGUCCAGAGUGUGGCAGUCAGCACAGGGACAGGUGAAGGGGACUUUGACAGACUGGGUGAGAUCCUAGCCGCUGUGCCUCAGCUGCAGUACAUCUGUGUGGAUGUGGCCAAUGGCUACUCAGAGCACUUUGUCCACUUUGUCAAAGACGUGCGUCAGAAGUACCCGACACACACCAUCAUGGCAGGGAAUGUGGUUACCGGGGAGAUGGUGGAGGAGCUGAUCCUCGCCGGCGCUGACAUCAUCAAAGUGGGCAUCGGACCAGGGUCUGUGUGCACCACCCGUAAGAAGACCGGGGUGGGCUAUCCCCAGCUGAGCGCUGUGAUCGAGUGUGCAGACGCUGCCCACGGCCUGGGUGGACACAUCAUCUCUGAUGGUGGGUGCACUUGCCCAGGUGACGUCUCCAAGGCUUUUGGCGCGGGGGCGGACUUUGUGAUGCUGGGUGGAAUGCUGGCCGGCCACUCAGAGAGCGGGGGCGAGGUCAUCGAGAAGAACGGGAAGAAGUACAAGCUGUUCUACGGCAUGAGCUCCGACACGGCCAUGAAGAGACACGCCGGGGGCGUGGCCGAGUACAGGGCAUCUGAGGGGAAGACGGUGGAGGUGGUCUACAAGGGUCCCGUGGACGUAACCAUACGCGAUGUUCUGGGUGGGGUCCGCUCCACCUGCACCUACGUGGGCGCAGGGAAGCUGAAGGAGCUCAGUCGCAGGACCACCUUCAUCAGGGUCACCCAGCAGCUCAACACCGUCUUUGGGAACGAUAACUAGGCGAGGUCCAGGCUGGUUCCUGGACCUGGUUUGCUGCCUGCCCCUGUCACAUGGAUGCUAUUACACAUACUGCACACACACACACACACACACAGAAACAUACACACACAGAAACAGACAAUACUGUAACCAUUGAUAGUAAGAAUCUGUCAUUUGAGAAACGUAAACCUUGGAUAAGUGUUUGGUUGCCAAAUCAAAACCUUUUUAGGUGACACUAUCAAAACAAUCCCUUAUCUAAGAGUUUAUUUAAGGUUUGAUAUUUUAGACAUAUUUGGCUUUUUUCCCUGUAAAUGACCAGAAAUUGACAUUUAUUUGAUAAUAAGUGAGCCGAGGAUUGUUGUGUUACUUGGGGGUGUAUUGUUUAUCUUGCUCAAUCAUUCCCAUUCAGCUCUGCAGGCCUUGAGUGCAGGCUUCCUCUCUCUGUCCAUUAUUAUCUACCAAGUCCUAGAAUCUCUCUCUUUCUGUCUCUCUCAAUCCCCUCUUUCUCCUAACACUUCUAUGCACGUCACCGCCAUGCUAUAUGAAAGCCACAUGCAAAAAAAUACAUGUAGAGUAUUUCACUUUAUGAAGUAUUUACUAUAUCAAGAGUACAGGUAAAGUUUAUUCCAAAAACAUUUAUUAUUUUAGAUAUAUUCAUAUAUUCAUAUUUUAGAUAUAUUUCAAUAGAUGAAAAUAUUCCUUGUAAUUAGCAAUAUUGAAGAUUUUUAUGUUAAGAUAUUUCGGGUUAUUUAACUUAAUCCUUUUCAAACUCACUUAAAUAAAUAUAUAUUGACCUUGAAUGAUUUGCAAAAGUGUUAGAUGAUAUUGUAUUCCAGUCUUUUUGCCCCGUAGCUCCUUAGUUUUUAUGUUAUUCUCAUGCGGACCAAAUAUUAAAGUGAUGAGGGAAAAAAUAUAGAGUGAAACUACUGACAAAUUGUUUAUUGUACUGUACAGCAGCUACAGUAUAAAGUCAGUCAAAUUACACCCAGUAUGUUGAGGGGAAACUUGUGGAAUACAGAAUGUUUCAAAGUAUGUUCUUAAAGUAGGCUGAGGGAGACAGGACAGCUUUGAGUGUUACCUUGACCUACAUUGAGUUCCCCAAUUUCUCAAUAUUUUAUAUAGUCAGACUAAAAUGUCCAUGCAAUCAGCAUUUCACAUGAUUGCACUUGACUGUCUGUUACUUUGAGAAAAUGUUGUCUCUGUCUGCAUUAUUAUGUAAUUUUAUGUAAUUUUCCUAUGGCGGUAUAUUCACUUAACUUCACAGUGUUUUGGAGGAUAAUUCCAUUUUAUAUCUAUCUGGUUUUAGUCAAACGUGUUAUGCAGGUUUUAUGCCACUUUUCUUCAGUCUUCUCACUUCUGACCAAUAAAGAGCAUUCCAUAUGA